ACCAUGAACGAGCAGAGAAGGCGUCGGUGUUGCCAAUAAGACACACGAUUGCCAUCAAUUUAUGAUUUGUAAGAUAAGAUUUUCUUACAAAUUUUUAAAUUUCGUAUAUCAACUGGUGGGAGAAAGUAUUUUAUGACAAAAAUAUCGGCAGAUAAUCACUGGACUAAUCAAUAACCUACAACUACAAUAGUUGUCUAUUCUCACAUUUGCUUCCAUUACGUUGUGAUGCUUUAACAACGUAUGCAAGUUUUCGAUUUUCUACUUACUUUUGAAUUUAAAAUUUUACCCAACACAUUUUCGACAUCAAUGCGGUUUCUUGGAUCAUCCGAAGAGAUGGAAGAACACCUUUCGCCUUCCGGGCGCUUAGUUCUUAACUCAGGAAAUCCAUCCAGGAUUCACAGCAUUGAAGCAAUUUUGGGAUUUAAAGACGAAAAUGUAUUCCAUCAGUCAUUUUCCUCAAAUGCGACAACCAGGCCCACCAAAGACACAGAGAGGAGAAGGAAUUGCAAAAUGUCCACUCUGAAGAAGGAGCAUGACACUGAAAGUUUUGAAACGAGCUUCUGUUGUACUAGCAAUACGGGGGCGUCUAUCAGUCCAGCUUUACCUGAGGGUGAAGGUAGGCUUUCCGAUGAAGAGAAUCCGAAGAAAAAGCACAGGCGAAACAGAACAACAUUCACCACAUUUCAGCUGCACGAACUGGAAAGAGCCUUCGAAAAGUCGCACUAUCCUGACGUGUACAGCAGAGAGGAGCUCGCGUUGAAGGUUAAUCUCCCAGAAGUCCGAGUUCAGGUGUGGUUCCAGAACCGGAGAGCCAAGUGGAGAAGGCAGGAGAAGCUGGAUGUGAACACCAUGAAACUGCAGGACUCACCCAUGAUCACCUUCAACCGUUCGCCUCAGCAGAACUUUAACUCCACCAACCUGCAGCUGGAGCCAUGGCUGAGCCCCCCCAUUUCUACCCCCACCUCCAUCCAGUCGCUGCCCGGCUUCAUCAGCCCCAACCAGGGACUCUCCAACAGCUACACUCCGCCGCCGUUUUUAAACUCCUCCUCCCUCGGACACGGCCUGCCGCACAUAGGCACCAUGUGCCCCCCGCCCCCCUACCAGUGCACAGGCUUCAUGGAUAAGUUUCCCCUGGAGGAGUCGGACCCCCGGAACUCAAGCAUCGCGUCCCUGAGGAUGAAGGCCAAGGAGCACAUCCAGUCCAUUGGGAAGACGUGGUAGAGGGCAUGGAUGAAGGCCAUUUUACCCCCCCCCCCCCUCCCCCCCCCAUAAAUCGGCACAUGUUGUGCUGUGGCAAUUCAAAUCAAUUCCCCCUCCAAGACGUCAUUCACUUUUCACUCUUUUUUCAGAGGAUUUUGUUUUUUGUUUUACUUCUCCUCUGUGUUUUGGUCCAUUGGAAACUGUACUGACUUACAAGAGAAACGUUUGUUUUGAUAUUUAUGUGAAAAUGUAAGGAUUAUUAUGAAAUUUAGUGAAGAACUAUUUUUGGGUUGCUGGAAUCUGUGCUGCCAUUGUGAACAGUCUUUCGUCCAUGGCUUCUUGUCUCAUUAAUGAGGAUGUGAAUAAGAGGUGAAUUAUCAUGCCCCCUACUCUCUUGCUUUUUUCAGCCAUAUUUUUUCCAUAUUGUUUUUAUGUCAUCAGUAUUAUAGUCACAUGAGCUGUUUGCAAGAACAAAGUUUACUGUAAUAUUAAUUAUUUUGGUCAUUCAUCCAAAAACCUAUAUUUUUU